AAACAGCAUGAGCGGGAGCGGUUACAGAGAGUGACGUCACGUGGUCACAGAGCGCGCCGGAGCAGUUGGUUCAGGAGACUGAUUUCGGUUGGGAAUCACGAGUUUACCGACAAACACCGGACAGAAAAUGACGGAGACAGAGUGAGCCGUUUCAGAUGCUGUAAUCUCACUAAUUCUGCCAGAUCUGCACUGGCCUGAUGUUUGAGCAUCCUGCAGCCAUGGAGAUCACAGCAGAGGGAAUGCUGGGAAAUCAUGACACUGUUAAAUGCACAAACCCAGCGGAUUCCGGAGCUUUAGUAUCCACAGAGGGCCGUCCCAGCAGGGUUAUAGAGGCGACCCUGGAGAACGAGUCAGUCUGGAGCCGCUUCCACAGCCUAGGCACGGAGAUGCUGCUGACGCCGCAGGGCAGACGCAUGUUCCCCUGCUGCCGCUUCCGCCUGCGCGGGCUGGACCCCGACCUGCAGUACUUCCUUCUCAUGGACAUCGCUCCGCUGGAUGAUCUCCGACACCGGUUUAACGGAGAGGCGUGGGAGCCGGACGGCCCGGGUGAAGCUCAUCUGCAGAGCCCCGUGUGUUUCCACCCUGACUCUCCGGCUGUGGGCCAGCACUGGAUGGACAGCCCGGUGUCCUUCUACACGGUGAAGCUGACGCACGACUCCUGCGAGCGGGAAGGCGUGCUCCUGCAGCCAAUGCACCGCUACCAGCCGCGGUUGUACGUGGCUCCGGUGAGCGCCUGUCUAGAGCGGGCCGUCCCGCUGAAGAGUCCUAAUGUGCACAUGUUCACCUUCCCUAAGACUGAGUUCUACGCGGUGACCAGCUACCAGAACCCGCAGAUCACCCGGCUGAAAAUCGACUGCAAUCCCUUCAUGCUGGCGUUCAGAGAGGAUGAGACCAGCGCUCGCCUCAUUCAGAACAAACUCAAACUGGCUCUGACGCCAGCGCGCACACACACAGCCAAAUACACCGCUGACAACCACACCACCUCUGACGGAGAGCAGCACCUCAGCUCCACACACACCUCUCCUGAUGAGUGUGUGUCCGGUGCAGCAGUCAGAGACUCUCAGAUGGCCAGAUCCUGCCAGCGGAGCCCCAGGAAAGCAGGGCGGCGUCCUCUCAGUAGGGGGCAGCGUGUGGUUCUGCGCAGGCCCCGGCCUAUGAAGAGAGGGAAGAAGGCCAGAGCCAAGUGGUGGACACGUGUGAAGAAUGUACAAGCACUGCUGGACCACAGAAAAAGAAUGCAAAGCAUCAGCACACACACUGACGUCUGCAUGCAGCCCGACCUGGAGGAUGUGGAGGGGGUGCUGUUUGUGUCCUUCACUGCAAAGGAGGCUCUGGAUGUCCAUGUGGGGAACAUGAGGAGUUCUGUUGGAUCUUCAUCACCUCCACCACCAUCACCAUCAAUAUCUCCAUCCUCACACACACAGCAGCUCUCAGCGUGUGUUACAGAUCCUCCAGUUACUGAAGCUGACAGAAUCUCUGAGCUGGAGCUCGCUUUACUGCAGGAUCUGAAGGAGAAGAAGAACAGACAGAUCCUCCAUCCAGCGCUGCAGAAAGUUGGAGUGAAGCUGAAUCUGCUGGACCACACUGCGCCUGUAGACCUGCAUUAUCUGGCGGAGAGUGGUUUCGUGUCCCGCACCGGGAAGACCAACGACCUGACCCGAAUCAAAGGCUGGAUGGAGAAGUUCAGCUUGAGGAGCACGUCCGGCACAGCCAACAGCUCAGCGUUUUGCUCAGAGAUGCUGGAUGAGUAUCUGGAGAGUGAAGGGCAGCGGAUCAGCGAGCGUGCGGAGGUGUUUUCCAGCAGCGAUCCGUCUCCGGUGGUCUAUCAGCUGCCUGUUAGGAGCAGCAGUUAUGUGCGUACACUAGAUAGUGUGCUUCAGAUGCGCACUUCACCAUCAGCAGCAGCAACAGCACCGCAGCAGCCCAGCAGACGGGUCGCUAAACGGAUGCGGAUCUCCCCUGUGAGAGUGGUGUCCCGUCCCGUAGCACUGCCACAGCCCGCAGUAUACAGCGCAGGGGUCGGUAGAGUGCGCUCCAGGCGCGGCAGGAAGAGACGCCGACCCCACAUCAGCUUUAACAGAGACGCAGUGGACGGAGCGCAGCCCUCCUGCACUGAAAAACACACACAGCUCCGGACGCUGGAGGAACAGGCCCUCACACACGGACAAAUACACACCUUCAUCAGCACAGAGAGAGCCAGAGUCAGCCUCAGCGCACUGCUGACCGCUCAGAGUGUAUUGGUGGAGACUCCGCAGUGGAGCACACACAUUGCUGAUGACGGUGCAUGUGCGAAGCUCUUCUGUCGGCUGGGCUGUGUGUGUGACAGUCUGAGCAGAGAGUCUGCAGGAUCCACACACUGCAGGCGUGUUGAGUGCAUGUUCAGCUGCACCUGCUUUAAACACAAGAUCCUGCUGAUCCGCUCCGCAGACCACAGCCAGAGCGUCAGGAGCCUCCAGACCCUGCACCCAGACCCAGAGGGCAGGCCUGCACCCGCAGCCAGAGUCACCCGCCUGUGGGAGAGGAGUGCGGAGGAGAGCGAUCCCGAGCCGAUGUCCACCCCUAAACCAGCUGGAGCUCUGAGACCAGCACCACGCACACACACACAUACUCAUACAUAUACACUAACACCACGAGGCAGACCACCGGCUAACCGGCCCCCCAAUGCACAGGUUCCAAUGGAGAAGGAUCCGGUUUACCUGUAUCUGGAGAGCAUGAUGACCUGUGCGCGAGUGCGCGAGUACAACAGUAACCCUCCGCCACAAGUGCACAUACUGCCUGCGAAGAAGAGUUCAGAUGAAGCGCUCAGUGACACGUCUCUGCUGAACCCCAGUAAAAGACCACACGCAGCUCAGAGCCCAGAUAAACCGGAACCCACGAAGGUGCUAGAGAUCAUCUCGGGCUGUAACUGGGAGUCUCAGCGCUCGCGGGUGCUGAAGGAGCUGUUCCAGCGCGUACAAACAAACACACUGCCUUCUGUGCUCUCGCUGGACGAUUACACUGUAAAGCUGCUGUCUGAGCACCUAAAGAAGGACGGCCCGCGCUCCAUGAUCACAUACAAGGUGUGUGUGUCUCUGAGUGACAAGGAGAAGAGCGCGCAGAAGGAGUGUGUGCAAAAGGAGUGUGUGGAGAAGGAGCGUGUGCAGAAGGAGCGUGGGAAGGAGCCUGCGCUGAAGCCUGUGCCUCUGCUGUGUGGAGUGAUGACUGCAGGACAUCUGAAGGCGCAGCGGAGGGCGCCAGACCUGCACUGCCCAAUACAGGUCAAUGGCAGGACAUACGCUCAAGCUAAACUGACCCUGGGCCGGAUGGGAUCUCUGCAUCCCGCUAACCGUCUGGCUGCGUACGUCACUGGAAGGAUAAAAUCAUUUGUACCCAGCAGAACCAGAACCACUGCAGCGUCCAGACGCUCCAAAUACACAGCAACUCGAGCAAACCAUAGUACAGACGUUUUUAAAAAGCCAGCGACCCAACGUCUGAGUAUACCCAGGCCUCCUGGUGGCAUCCGCUUUCCUAAGGUGAGGCGUAUCCUAAAUGCGUUGGCCCCACCCCUCUCCGCUGCUGAUAGGGUGGUGCCGGCGUCUGCUCUCCCGCCGGGGCAGCAGGUAGUUCUGCAGCCGGUGGCAGGCAUGAGCGGAGUCAACAUGUGCCAGUUUAAUGGUCAGAUGAUCCAGCUGGUGCCCGUCUCUGCAGCCGCGCCCAUGCAGAUCCAGACCAGCACUACACACAGCUCAGGAGGUGCUUCACAGGAGCCACAGUCUAGCCUACAGCUUCCUGCAAACACCGCUCUGCCGUUCAUCAUUCCCAGAAUACAUUCUGUUCCCGGACGAAACGGCUUCACCUUCGCCAGCGCUGCGGCUCCCGGAGUCCAGAAUAACUUACUUAACAAAACCGGUACGUUCUCCUUCCGCAUCUGCCCGCCCUCAGCCGAGAGCCAGAGUCCCGCACCGACAGGAGCACCUCAGGGCUCGGUCACCGCCUCCACACUCAUUCUCCCUGGAGGAUACAAACUCAUAAAGCUGAUCAACCCAGCAGAGAAACCAGAUCAGAACAACCCAGCAGAGGAACCAGAUCAGACCAUCCCAGCAGAGGAACCAGAUCAGAACAAGCCAACAGAGAAACCAGCUCAGAACAACCCAGCAGAGAAACCAGAUCAGAACAACCCAACAGAUAAACCAGAUCAGAACAAACCAACAGAGAAACCAGCUCAGAACAACCCAGCAGAGAAACCAGAUCAGAACAACCCAACAGAGUACCCAGAUCAGAACAACCCAACAGAGGAACCAGCUCAGAACAACCCAGCAGAGAAACCAGAUCAGAACAACCCAACAGAGAAACCAGAUCAGGGCAACCCAACAGAGGAACCAGAUCAGGACAACCCAACAGAGGAACCAGAUCAGACCAUCCCAGCAGAGGAACCAGAUCAGACCAUCCCAGCAGAGGAACCAGAUCAGACCAACCCAACAGAGAAACCAGAUCAGGACAACCCAACAGAGGAACCAGAUCAGGACAACCCAACAGAGGAACCAGAUCAGACCAUCCCAGCAGAGGAACCAGAUCAGAACAACCCAGGAAAGAAACCAGAUCAGGACAACCCAACAGAGAAACCAGAUCAGAACAACCCAGCAGAGAAACCAGAUCAGAACAACCCAGCAAUGGAACCAGAUCAGGACAACCCAACAGAGAAACUAGAACAGAACAACCCAGCAGAGAAACCAGAUCAGGACAACCCAGCAAUGGAACCAGAUAAAAACAACCCAGCAGAGAAACCAGAUCAGAACAACCCAGCAGAGAAACCAGAUCAGAACAACCCAGCAGAGAAACCAGAUCAGAACAACCCAACAGAGAAACUAGAACAGAACAAGCCAACAGAGAAACCAGAUCAGGACAACCCAACAGAGGAACCAGAUCAGAACAACCCAGCAGAGAAACCAGAUCAGAACAACCCAGCAGAGCGUGUGGAGAACUCCCAGUCCAGUGUGUGUGUUAAAGUAGAGCCGGCUGAAGCGGAGGAAGACAUCACAACACAGUCUGCUCAUAAACCCCCUGCGCUCAUCAAGACGGAGCCGGAGCACAUUCAGAUCCCGCAGCUGACGAAUGACGGAGGAACGGCCAAAUUCACCAUCAAAAUAGAGGAUGCAGAAGCAGACGAGAGCGUUCCUCAGCAGCAGAGCCGGAGAAAAGAGGAGCCGUUCCAAUUCGGAGGAUUCUCCUUUGAGGGACUGACCAACUCCGCCUUCUCCAGACUCAGCUUUGCCGUGCCUUCACCUCCGGCUGAGCCUGGGGAGCCGGAUGGAUCCGUGCAGAAGAGUCUGGACUGGCUGUGGAGAGGACGAGCUGAUGUAGACACACACGCUGAGCUUUCUGAGAAACCACAGCAGAACGGGACACUGAUGUACAGCAGCGAUGGAUGCACCACUGAGGACAGCAUGGAGCAGCUCAGUGAAGGUGAAGUGGACAUCGAGACGUUUGAGGAGAACGACCAGAUCAUCAGCCGACUGAGAGAAAAGGCCAGACGGAAAAUACAGAGCAGAGUUCCUCCUCCUCCUCCUCGAUCACGUCAGCUGAAAGUGAAGCCAGUGAAGUCGUGCACUGCUCAUCCGGUGCGUCUGAUGUCAGACCUGCUGCUGUACCGGCGGACGCGGCGCCUCAAUCAGCCAAUCAGAGAGAAGAGACGACAGCUGGAGCUGCUGCAGAGCGAGCGCACACUGAGGAGGACGAUGUGUGUGCGGGAGCAGAGCAUCAGCACAGAGGAGCUGCUGCACCAGGCCUGUGAGCUGAUCACAUCUCUGGAGGAUCACAGCAGGUUCCUGAUUGAAGAGAAGAGAGCGCUGAUGCGUCAGCAUUCACACUACCAGACGCUCAUCUGCAUCUCACAGGCCUCAGUGGCAGCAGAACAGAAGACAGGAGAGCAUCCAGAGGACACACCGCAGACACACACUCCAUCAGCAGUGAACAGAACCUCUCGUCUGCCCAGUGUCAUCCUGCGCUCCUUCCACACACACACACACACACACACACACACACAGCAGUGCCGGGAGCAACACUACAGCAGGAGUUUACGGUGUUUAUAAAGCUGCUGUGUGUAAUACUCCUCAGGACGCUUCCUCCAUGACUCCCACAUUGGGCCAAGUGGAUCCUGCUGUAUAAUGCCUGAACAUGACCAUUGCACCGUGAAUGAUGAUGAUGAUGAAGACGACAUGUCUGACUGAGACUUUUGUGUGUGUAUAAUCACUGCAUUCCUCUGGAAGCGUCUCACACACACACACACACACACACACACACACACACACACACACACCAUCUUAAAGCAUUACUCAGUUUGGAGACUUUUGCUCAAUUAUGUGCUUCACUAAGGUGGAUUUACGGUCCACAUGCUCAAAUAAAGUUACACACCCUUUGAGGA